UUGUAUCGCCAGUCUAGCGCCGACCACGGUCCGCAUCGCACACGUUCGUUUCGCUCCUCCGUUAUUUUUAUUUUGGAAAUUUUCGGUUUUCCAUCACCCGGAUUUUUGUUUUUCGUGUCGGAUGCCGGAUCAAUUUUUCGGUUGUUACCAUUUUUUAACACAUCGUCGUACCUAGUGAUCCUUUCGUCCGGAUUUUUUAAAAUUUAUUUAGACAUUUGAGUUGUUGUUUUUCCCCCUCUCAUUCAACUGGAAUCAUAAAGAAAGGAGUUUGGUGUGUCGUGACGUGUGUUCAUUUAUUUAUUUCGGUUGCAGUGAUUAUUUCGUUUCGUCGUUUCGUGUGUUCUGUUUGUUUUUUUGGGUUUGUUUGAAAUCCCAUUUGAGCGCGGCCACGCGUUUGAAUUUGAACCGAACGGAUUAUCGUGUUGUGUCCACCCUUUGAUGCAGAAGUGACUCCCUCAGAACUUUGGAUGCAAAUAGCCAGAAGAAAUUUGACACUUUACCAGUGACCCAUUCAACCAAUCACGUGGAACGUGACACGCCCGUUGUCCAGAAAGAAAAAAAAUGGCUGGCAAUUCCUUGUCUCUCUGCUGCUCAUCCUCUGACUGCGACAGGAUCGCAACGACCUUCCUGUGUUGUUGCAACACUCUCCAGUGAUUUCCUUCAGAUUCUGCCUUUUUUCGGGCAUCGCGCCUGCCAACCGGCUGAUGGGCUUAUUUAAUAAUUAUUGAUUGAGAAAAGAAAGAAAAGAAAUUCGUGAUUCGAAUAGAGAAACAGUGACAUCAUAUCAUCGCAGUGCCAAUUUCAGUGUUCUCCCCCUCCGUGAGUUUGCGUGCUUCGUGUGUUUAAUACGUGUCUUGUGUGCAGUUCGUGUGUUUGCGCCUUGUUGUUUGGAAUAUUCACGCAACUCGAAGGUUUUUUUUCUUCUUCCCUUUCGAAGAAAUCACCUCGACCCUGCAAGAAAUUGCGAAAAAAUAAGAAGGAAUAAAACACGACAUUCCCUCAAAACAACCAUUGGCUACGUCCUACCCUGAAAUCAACCCAAUCUUCUUGAGUACUUGCCGGGAAUUUCUAAGGUAUGAAGUGCACAGAAGAGGUUCUUUCCGCUUGAAUUUUACAUAUGGGAUUCACCUAGUUGUUGCCUUUUUACACACGAUUACAUUUUAAAAAGGAUUUUAACAUCCUUUUGAUAAACGUGCACUUUUCGAGUCAUCAUCAAAAUCAUGCCUUUCAUUGAUGACGACUUGUUGUGGUGUCCCGAUAAUGACGGGAGAAUGGUCGAUCUCUCAUGUUUGACUGCCGCUCAGAGUGUCCAACCGACUGCAGUCCCGCCACUUAAUCAAGGAGGAGAGUUCUCAGACCUGACUGAACUCUCCCACGCUGACCUGAAUGGCCUCGUGUCUGAGAUUGAAGGCGAGGAUGAAAUUUUCAAACAGUUUGGGAACUUCGAACUGGACAACAUUUUCGCCGAGUUUGACGAAAAAGUUGGGGAUUGCUCUACAUUGCUCAGCAAUCACACAGAGGCUGAUGAUUUUCUCAGGAAACGAUUAGCCAAACGAAACUAUUUGGAAGAACACAGAGAAAGCUCCCACUUUUGCAGCAAUGGGGUUGUUAGCAGUAGUAAUCAAAUACAGUGCAGUAGCUCCAUAUCAAGUGAUGACUGCCACAGCCUGCAGUUGGGAAGUAGCGUGGAGGGUGCCACUAUCUCAGUCAGAGGCAGUAUUACCUUGAGCAGUGGUCGCUACCUGCCUUCCAUGAAUGCCAACCAUCAAGUGAACCUACCCAUGUCGUAUGGAGAGCCAUCAACUCCACCAUGCUCCUCUUCCACUUACAUCUCUCUCUCGAGUGCCACACCAACCCUAUCUAGCCUCCUCAACACACCCUCUCUUCACAAUCAGUCGUCGAAUUUGCUGAAGAGCGUCAAUACCUCGUCCCCAUCGACGCCCGUCUCUUCUCGGACAACCAGUAGUCAUUUCGUUAAUUCCCCACUGCCAUCACUAAUCAAGAAUAAGAACAUUGUCGCCGCCAACCCGCUUUUAGCCGAGAAACUUGCGGCACCGGCCGCGCCCCUGCCUCCGACCUCAUGCGCCGCGUUAGCGCUGAGUUUAGGCAUAGGACCGAUCAAGGAAGAGCCUCCUUCAUCGCCCCGCGCCAUGUCUCCCUUUUCGAUGCUCACCUCUUCGUUGAACGUCGACUGUGACAACCUCCAACCGUCUUUGCCUUCACCAGACUCGAGCAAAGUGGAUACGGCAGUGGACGGUAGCCGUGGUGGAUCGGCAGGCCGUCUGGUCUUGCAAGCGGCCAGGAAUAACGGCUACAACACGGAGACGGGCUCGCCCACUACAACAGCCGCCGGCAGCGCUCAAUCGUCGACCGUUUCUCGCCAACUUCAUCAACUUCAACAGCUUCAACAACAACAGCAACCGCCUACGACGACGACGACAACAACGACAACUUCUCCGGUGUCUGCCGAGCCUCCCAGGACCCUCCUUCGCGGAAUCCUCAGCCAACAACCCGGAGCCACCGUGCCCGGAUUGGCCGCUACUAACAACAGCGCCAACGCCGUUUUGGGUCUGGUCAAUCUGCACAGCAUCCUUCAGCCGGGUCAUCCGGCCUUGCGUCCGGCUGGACCUGCCGAUCACCAGCAGCAACAACAACAGCAACAACCUGGACCCUACCACCAUCACCACUUAAAUCUUCACCAGCAACAACAACUUCUCCGCCAUCCUUCGCUGGUGCCAGCUCACCAUCCGCACGUCAAACCCGGAUCGUUACCACCUUCACCGGCCGACAGCGGCGUCUCUGACGUGGACAGCAGCAGCGGCCACACCAGUAACGACGAGUUAAAAUCACGACUGCAAUCAUCAGGUGGUGUUUAUGGCAACGAGGACGACUUGGUUGAUAGCCAAAGUCCAUCGCCCAUCACUUCUUCUUCUCCCUCUUCUUCUUCUUCUUCUUCCUCUUCUUCUUCUUCUUCUUCUUCUUCGAGUAGCUGCAGUAAUGGUGGUGGUGCUGGCCAGCGAUUCAUCCCGCAGCCGCUCUUCUGUUACGAACGUUUCUCUGUCCUUCAUCAGCAACGUUCUCUUUACGCUGUCAAUGACAGUUUCGACAAUUUCCAUCCGCCGUCGACGCCCUUGUCGGCUCAUCCGCCCUCAUCUUACGCCAUCCAUUCCCAGCAACAGCUCCAGCAGCAGCAGCAACAACAGCAACAGCAGCAACAGCAACAGCAGCAGCAACAGUUGUACAGCGGAAGCAAUGGUUUGCUGCAUCCGCGCGGUGGAUCGUCUCUGGGUCCGCCGUCACUGCAUCUUCAUCCGUCGAUGCCGGGAUCGCCGGCCAACGCUCACCACCACCACCACCACCACCUCCAUCAGCACCAUCAGUUCCACCACCAUCACAAUCCGGCUGGCCCGUCUUCAGCCAUGGCGGCUUUGCUCUCCGGCUCUGCCGGUAGCGGCGGCAACGUGCCCAGCGUCCCGACUUCGGUGAUCCAAGCCCCGUCGACGGCCAGUCCCAUUUCGAGCGGCGGCGGAAGUCCCAGCGGCGGCGAGGACAACUAUUUCAACGAACUUUACAACUUGGGCAUUGGCGGCGGUGUGGGAGGCGGUGUAGGUGGAGGCUAUUCCGGUCAGCCGGACCUCGAGUCGCCUCACAGGAGGAAAAAGAUGAAGAAGCAACGCAAUCCCGACGGUCCCGAUGGAUGCCCAUCCGGCAAGAGGAAAAACAGAGAAGCUGGAUCGACGACGUACCUGUGGGAGUUUCUCUUGAAAUUGCUCCAAGAUAAGGACUGCUGUCCGCGCUACAUCAAGUGGACCAACCGCGAGAAAGGCGUUUUCAAGUUGGUCGACUCUAAGGCCGUUUCCAGGUUAUGGGGUCUCCACAAGAACAAACCCGACAUGAACUACGAGACCAUGGGCAGAGCAUUGAGGUAUUACUACCAGCGCGGCAUCUUGGCCAAGGUGGACGGCCAACGACUCGUCUACCAGUUUGUUGACGUACCCAAAGACAUUGUGGAAAUCGAUUGUACGGGCGCCUGAAGAAAUUGAUACAAAGAAGAAAAAAGAAAAAUAACCCUUUUCCUUGCUCAUCGCCGUCUCGACAUAAGGAAGUGUGAAACGGAUGGAUGCCUCGAUAGAGAAGGUCGCUGAGAAGGAAACGACAAACAUUUGACGGGACAAAUGUCUACCCUCUUUCUGCUCCUGUAUUUUUUCCCUCCUAACCCCUCUUUGUCCAAGUGCCUUUUUGAUCGGUUCGCUUCUUCUUCUUCUUAACAAAAACCCACAAAACAAAAAUAAAAGACAAAAAAUUUGUAGCGCCGUCCUUUUGGGGAGAGGAGAAAAAAAACCGGAUCUCAGAAAAUGGGUCCGUUUCUUUUUUCCCCCUCACCCUUCUAUCCCCACCCUAAAUCCUCCUCCCCAUUUGCUUUGAGAAAAUCUUCUUAACUUCAAUCUGAAUCCCUUUGAAGUUACGGCCCCGAACUUUUACUUUGUUUAUUUUUUCAAUUUUAAUCUUUUCUGAUCGAAACCUCAACUGUGAUGAUUGCGCGCGCGUGUCGAACGAUAAACCCAAGAGCAAAUUUUCUGAUAGAGCUCCAGGAGAAUAAAGAAAAGGAUGUUGAGAUGGACGUUCAUUGCAGAGUUAGAGAAAAUGGGAGGGGAAAAAAAAUAUUAGGGUUCCCCCAAAAUCAGUAUAAGUGUAUCAUAAUAACAUUUUUUAAUUUUUUUUUUGGUUUGUUUUGAAUUAUUUAUAACGAGUUACAAACACCAAUAUCUUUAUAAUCUUAUCAUCAUCGUUGCGUGUGUAAUUUAUACCAAUCCCCUCCAUCCCCCACCCGCGAGGAAAAGAAAUUGACAAAUCUGUUACAUGGAUGUUUUCGUUUGUUUCUAUUUGCGCCGCUUACGGUUUGUGUGUGUUCACUGCAAAUUGUAUUACGCAACGAUAGGACGACCUGACUGGGAAAAGGAGAAAGGGAUGGCGAGGAGGAGAGAAAGAAAGUGAGAGUGCCUCGAAUAGUUCAAUGUUUAUAUAAUUCUACAUAGCGUUUUCCUUCUCCCCCCCCCCCCCCAUCCACACAAUUAAAGAAAAAGUUACAAAAAAAAGAAGAAAUUUAGAGAUGACAUUUAAGAUGAUUGUAAUAUUGUUAAUUUUCCCUGAUUUGUCGCAGUUUUCAAGUGUUAAAGAAAAGGAAAGAAAGAAAAACGAGAAAAAAGAAAAAAAAUAUGAUGUCAAAUUGUUUUUGUACUGUACCUUCGGCAAAAAAAGAGGUGAUGGCCACCACAAAGGGAAAAACGCUAACGUGCUGUUAUCUAUAUACAUAUACAUGUUCGGGUUUCUAAUGUUUUGCGCUAUAUACUUAAGUUAUUUCAGAGCGAAUGUGUUGCAUGGACUGUGAAGAAUGCCUUAAUUUUGCCCGCCAGCCCCACCAUUUUAUAUAUAUCUAUACAUAUAUGUAAUUGCCUCUUCUGUCUCUUUUAACCACCAAUCCCAUUUCAUCAUCCGCAAGACAAAAUCCCCCCCAGUUUGUUACUUGAAAAAAAAAAUUAAAAUGGAGAAACCGAACCGGGAAAAAAAGUUUCAGCCUCAAAACCCAGAAGACCCUCCCCAGCAGCAGCAGCUCCCGUUCAUAGACGAAAAGAAAUGGAGAUCUCAAUUCUGAUCCCGUCUUCAUCACAGCAUCACGCGACACGAUGAUGAUUCGUGCCAAGAAUCCUCCCUUCCCCCUCCCCCUCCCCAUCACACAAUCCCGCUCCGUUCAACAGUAUCCUCUUUACAAAACAAUUGUUGUAUGCCACGUUCAAAAACCAAAUUUUUUUUCCUCUCUCUUCAUUUUCAUGUCCCCCUCCCGUUGGUAUCGAUCUGAAAUGAAAGACACACAUUGGCGCGGAUGCUCAUCGGUGAUGUAAAAUUAUCUGGUGGUUAAAAUUGUCGGGUGGGUUGGGGGUCCGCGUUCAACGCGCCACCUUAUGCGUGUUGAAAGUGUGUGUGUGUCUUGGCCAGCUUCGCUUCAAGGUGGGCUAAAUAUGGUCGAAACAGACGCGACAACAAAUUUCGGCACGUCAGCGAUUUUAUUUGAUUAUUUUUCCCCCUCCCCAUCUCUGUUUGUGUACGCGCCGUGAUAUGCAGCCGCUUUUUGUAAUUUUUAUUUCCACCUGAAAGAAAAAAAUAUCCCAUUUUUGUGUGUGUGAGUGUGUGUGGCGGGUACAUAUGUAAUAAUACAAUUGUCGUGUCUAUA